AUGGACAAGGAGGAACUCUACCGGGACUACAUCUCCCGCUUUAUCUCAGGCCUCGAACAGUUCUACGACUCCCUCCUCCAGUUCCACACGCCGCCCUCUCAGAACCACGUCUAUAACACCCGGGCCAACAAGUGCGCCAUCCUCUUCCUCGCCCUCCGCUGUCUCGCCCUUCAAACCACCCUCAACCUCAUCAUGGCCCGCCUCCCCCAGAAUAUCUGCACCACUUUUAAUCAGCUCUUCUUCCCUACGGUUCUCUUAUUUCGAUAUAUCCACCCAAAACCUUGGGACGACAUGUUUAUGAACACCGUCAGGGCAUUGGGGGCUGAUACUCGUGUCGAUAUUGCUGCCAAGCCAGAGCCGCGCUAUUUUGUCCAGCUGCAGCAAUACCUUCACAGGACCGUUCUGGCGUACUUUAUGAUCGGGACUAUUCAUACGCUUGUCAACUUGAAGGGGAUUUGGGCCUAUCUGGGAAGUGCGAUUGCCAUCCUGGUGACCCAACAGUAUCUGCAGUACAAAGGAGUCGAGUACACAAUGAUCAAGACUCUCUUCGCCAUGGCGUUUAUCGGACCUCGCUGGGCAGUUUGGCUUGUCCAGAUCUCGGUCCAACAACAACUCUUCCUCUACGAGCUCCUACAACCCUACCUAGCCCGAGUUCAAUUCAAGCCAUGGGAAGAACGCGCCUGGUGGGAUCACAACAGUCUCGAAUUACGUGGGUUCGCCUUGGGCGCUUGGGCACUCUGUUCCAUCCCUGUCAUCGGCGUGAUCGCAGUGCCCGUCAUGUUCCCGGCAGUCGCCUUUCUGUUGACAAGAUCCUGUGGUCUGAUGGAGAACUCAGGUCGAGGUCUUUCAGGGGAUGUGAUCGAGGUUCGGGCGCCUGGCGUGAAGGCUGUAGCACAGGGGAAGAGUCCCGCGGUCUCGGGCGAUUGGGACAAGGAUUCGGUCCAGACUUUUGUCAGGGACACCCAUCGAAAGCUGUUCAAGCCGACGAUCCAUGGACCCAAUUCUAUUACGGAUCAGGUCAUUGUUGGGAUAGUCACGGAGGAGCAGGUUCAGGAGGAUGCGGUUACAUCUCACGCACGGCGGUUGGAUCUUUACAAGGAAUAUCAGCUCCAGAUCAAGCGGCAGGAGCAGUUUGAUCAGCUUAAUGCCAAGCGACUGGAACAGUAUGAGCAACUCAAUGCCAAGCGACUAGAGCAGCUUGAGCAGCUCCGUCCACUACCACACGCACAUCAGCCCCAGCAUCCGAACCUCCCUCAUCAUCGUCAUCAUCAACAACAACAACAACAACAACAACAACAACAACAACAACAACAACAACGUCAACAACAACAAAGGCAGCAGCAACAGCAGCAACAGCAACAGCAACAGCAACAGCAACAGCAACAGCAACAAAAACAGCAGCAACAGCAACAACAGCAACUGAGAAAUCUUGUUGCCGCCUCCACAUCAGCAGCAGCAGCGACCCCAGCAACAAUAUUUAAUACCGAGGAGGAGGAGUUCCAAGCACGAGAGUUAUCACAGUACGAUUUCAGCGACCGGAAAACAGUCGACACUGCACCAUCUGCCCCACUAGCAGUAGCAGCCACAUUUGCGACGGACGACAAGAACGAACUCAGGAGGAGGAGAAUGGAACUCGAGAUUGAGGCCGCGGCGGCUGCAGGUGUGACGGAACAACAUGCCCAGGAGGAGAUGACGCGGUGGCAGCAGCAGCAACAACAGUAUCAACAGUAUCAACAGCAACUGCAGCUGCCAAUUCAAGUGCAAGUGGAGCAGAUAACAGAAGGACAGGAUGUAGCGCGCCGGGCACAGGAGGAAGAGCGUCGUAAACUCGAGGAGAAACGCCGUAUCAUUGACGGAGUAACGCGGCUGGUUCAGGCGAGUCGGAAGGAUGGUAACAUAAAGCAGACGCGUGCAGAGGAGAAGCAGUUGAGGCGAUUGAUCAAGUUGAUCCAUGCUGAGGAUGCUCAACGAAGGGCAGAGGAUAAUGGUGAUGUGAGGGAAGCGGCUGAGGAGGAUGAGGAAGAUGAGGACGAGGACGUGGAGGAUGAAGAUGAAGAUGAGGAGGAUGAGGAUGAGGAUGAGGAUGGUGAGGACGACGGCGACGACGACGGCGACGACGACGGCGACGACGAUAGCCAGGAUGAUGACGAUACAUUUAUGGAUGAUGAAGGGGAUGCUGCCGAUACCCAGGUUGCAGUUGAGGAAGAAGAGUCCAUCGUGCCAGACGUCAACAACAACACCACCAAGCAGAGUCGCCACGGUCAGUCAAAGCGCGAUCGGAGUGCUGGCGUGUCUUCCAAGAAAGCCAGCAAGGACGGCAGCAGGUCCAACAAGAACAACACGUCAGUGGCGAUCGUCAAGAAGACCGAGAAGCCACUGCCCUUCCUUCCCGAAGAGUACUUUACAGCGGUGAUCAUGGGAGCCAAGGCCAAUGUUCUCUCGAGUCUUUCGACAGCGGCGGCGGCGACCAAGGCCAUGACUGGAGCUGCGUCGGCAGUUACAGCUGCCACGACAGCGGCUGCAGCGGCGGCUUCUUCUUUCUCGAGCGACUGGCGCGCCAAGGCCCCCAUUACCCGGGGAGGACUGUCGGCAAUUAUUGCGCAGAACUUGUUGGAUAUUGAGGGCGAGAUUGAUAAGGAGUUUCAGAAGACUAAGAAGUCCUGGAAGUUGCCUCGAGAGCAUGUUGUAGGUUCUACUGGUACUGUUGUCAUUGCCGAGGAGGGAGGAGAGCAGCAGUAG